AUGUCACGCGAUUGCUAUAUGUUUAGCAAAAGUUGUGAGCGGCGCCAAAGGACAGGAAACAUUUCGCAAAAGAACCAAAUGCCCCAAAAUCCAAUCCUUGUUUGUGAAAAUUUUGACGUAUGGGGGAUUGAUUUCAAGGGCCCAUUUCCUGUCUCAUUUGGCAACAUUUAUAUUUUACUCGCGGUUGACUAUGUUUCUAAAUGGGUUGAAGCCAAAGCCACAAGAUCGGACGAUGCCAAAACGGUUAUCGAGUUUUUAAAGUCUAAUGUUUUUGCGAGAUUUGGUGUGCCUAGGGCUUUGAUUAGUGAUAGAGGGAUGCACUUUUGCAACAAAAUGAUGGAGGAUCUAUUGAAGAAGUACCACAUGACCCAUCGUGUCUCUACUGCCUAUCACUCUCAAACGAAUGGUCAAGCGGAGGUUUUGAAUCGUGAAGUGAAGUCUAUUCUAGAGAAAACAGUGAAUCCGACAAAGAAAGGAAAAUUGAGGUCAAGAUGGAUAGGUCCGUUUGUUGUGUUAAAAGUCUUUGAACAUGGAGCGGUUGAAAUUCAAAUUGAAGAAAUGGGGCAAGUCUUUAAAGUCAAUGGGCAUCGAUUGAAACCUUUCUAUGAAGGUUUUAAUGCAAAUAUCUUAGAAGUCAUCCAAUUGGAUGCCCCGGUGUACUGA